CAAAGAGCCGGAGAGAAUAGGAAAGAAAGGAGAGGCGAUAUAGAAAAGGAUAAGCGAGGAGCAGGGGAGAUAAUCAGAGAGAACGGAGGGAACAGGACGAGACGGCCGUAGAGACACAGAGAGGAGAAAGAGGGAGAGAGAGAGAGAGCGAGAAGCAGAAGGCGUGCAGUGUGUGUUUGUGUGUGUGUGGAUGAGUGUGGGAGGGAGGCGGUGUGUGUCGUGCGCGAGAGGCUCUUAGCCGAACGUUGGCCUGUGUGUGUGUGUGUGUGUGUGUGUGUGUGUGUGUGUGUGUUAUUCUUCAAGCUCUGUGUGCGCGUGGUGUGUAAGCGCGUGUGCUUCGGCGCUCUCUGUGUCUGAGCUCUGCACAGCGUAGAGAGAGAGGGAGAGAGAGGGAGAGAGAGAGAGAGAGAGAGGGGGAGAGAGAGAGAGAGAGGGAACACAAAGUGAGAUAGCGCAACCGCGCACGUACACCUCGUCGCUCUGCACGACACCACACAGCGCUUGUGGCCGUGGCGAGCGGCGACCAGGGACUCUCAUGGUGCUUUCCGUCUUGUCUCCCUUCUGCUGUGUGACCGCCACCUCUGUCUUGCAGACACCUAGAGCCAUACUGUUUUGGAAGCUGAUUCGUUGGAUGGCCCCAGAAGAGGAGGCCAGAUGGAAAUCGGGUCACAUGACCGCCUCCAGGAAGGCAUGCUGAGCCUGGAACGGGCCAAUGGGGCGAGGCGCUACCCAAAUAAUGAGGAUCCCUCCACGGAAUCAGAGCAGCAAAGGGCAGGGAGCAUACCCCCAGGGCAGGACAAGUUCGGCGACCCCCAACAGCAGCUGCCCUGCUGGAAGAGUCAGGGUGGUGCAGCUCCUGGUGGGCCCGUCCACCAAGCAGACAUGGAGGACGCCCGCAACCUUGUGGCUUUCUCUGCUAGCCUGGACUCCUUGCCCCCCUCCUCGUCCUCCUGCACUGCCGUCCCAGUGAAGCCCAACCCUACCAAGCUGUAUGAAAAGUUCUCCCAGGAGAUGGACUCUGAUGGUGCGGAGGCCAGACCCACUGCAGGGGCGCCCAAAGGAGGGGUCAAGUCUCCAGAAGACAUUAACACUUUACAGACCGCACUGAGCCAGGCCAAGCAUGGGCACAAACCUCCCAACUGUGACUGUGAUGGACCUGACUGUCCCGACUACCUGGAGUGGCUGCAGAAGAAGAUCAAGAUGGCGGCCAAUGAAGAUAACAUGCCCUGCAAAAUAAAGAGAGUGGCUCCUCACUCACAGCAGCCUGAUCUUCAACAACCCCAACCCCACCACUUCCCUCAACCCCAGCACUCUAUGAAUGGAGCCCACUCCGUUCAUAGUGUCUCUACUCCGUACCAGCAGCACCAAGGGCACCAAGGAUCCCAUCCAGGUACCCUACCCUGCACCAAAGCUCCUAUUCCCUGCUCCCCACAGGUUCUCUCUAUAGCCAAGGAAAAGAAUGUCAGUCUCCAGACAGCCAUUGCUAUAGAGGCUCUGACCCAAUUGUCUGGCACCGGUCCACAGGCUGCUGGCUCUCAAGGCCAGGCCUCAAUGCCAGGUCACAUCCAUCAGCAUUACCCACAUGCUCACAAUCACCCUUCCAAGCCUCAGAAUGGAACUCACUUCUACCCAUCCUCCCAGAGCCCCCUCCUGUCCUCACGUUCACAAUCCGUCCCACCGGGGCUGAACCCAAGCCAAGAGGCCAUGGUGUCCUGGGAGCAAAACAGACCCCAGUCCCAGGGUCAGCCAGCCCACACCUCCCCUCUUCCAUCCUCUAACUCCUGCUUUCCGAGCCAAGGGAAACCCCCGGGCUACAGCCCACACCCCCAGCAGUGGCAGGAGGGCUCCGGUGCCGCCCCCACCAGCCAGAGGAGCCAGUGGAUGCCUGACAACUCAGCUCCGCCCAACAUUAGCAUAGACCCCAUGUCUGAGCUUAAACAGUUGCUUGGGGACAGCGGUGGAAAGUUAGGCAAACCUCGCUUCAAGCAUCCUGUCCAACACCAAUAUAGCCCAAGUGAGAAUUUCCAGGCCCAGGGCCAUCCAGGGUCUGCCAGGAUAAAGCAGGAGCCAGACUCGGGGGAGUAUUACCAUAACAUUGCCACCAUGGGACAUUAUGGCAAAAUGAAUGGUCAACAGGGCCAGCACUACUCUGGGCCACCGUUGUCUCCUGGCCAAGCAGCAAUUUGUCACUCAACUCAGGCAGCACUGCAGCAGCAUCUUACCUACAAGAGGAACCUCUUUUCGAACCAUGCUCCUGGCUUCGGGGGGCUCGACGAGCGGUCUCCGUCAGCUUGCCAAAAUCUAAAAAAGUGGUGGCCUCAAGUUGGACCUGAGGGAAUGAACCCCCUAGCAAUCAAACAGGAGCCCAAGGAACCCAAGAAGAAGAAGACCCCUCAAAGCAAAUCCACGAGUGGGGUGCCAGCAAGCCCUCAGACACCCAAACCCAAACCAAUAGUUAUCAAGAAGACCAAGCAGAAAGCCUCCUUGCCAACCUUCCUGCCUCAGAAUCAGAUCAGUGUAGUGAAACCCUCACCCCAUGCUCUAGUCAGAGCCCCGUUCCAAGCCAGUCUGCCAGCUGGUUCUUUCCCCUCUCUGACCCUUCCAAGCCUUCCCUCUCAGGCUGCGGCUGCAGGCCUCCCUGCCCCAGCCAGCUCUCAGGUAUCCACAUCCAUCCCCCUGAUUAUCAACUCUACUGCUCCUGCCUUGUCCGACAACCCUCUGGCUCCCAUGGGUCCUCCAAUCCAGCCUGCUGGCCCUGAAAACCAUCUUAAGAGAGAGACUGAUGGCAUGGCCCCUACUGACAGCAGCAGCACCCCCACCACCACCAUACCUCUUACCUCUACAUCCAGCACCUCGCAGUUACCAAGCCUAAACCACGUUGACCCAAAGUUCGAAGACCUGAUGCUCCAGUUUGAGGCAGAAUUCGGGGAUUCACCAGCUCCGGUGCUCCCUGCAAGCCAGCCCAUGGAGCAAGCCCCGACAGCAGCUAAAGCAGUGGUAAGCCACGGUCAUGUCAACGCUAACUCAGGACCUGAUGGGUUCUCGUUGUCAUCGAACACCCAGGCCGAUCCUCUCGGCCUCUCCGCCCCACCCAGCUCUGAGCCCAAUCCAGCAGGCCAAGAGAUGGAAGUCGACGCAAACAAAACAGGGAGCCAAUGUGAAGCAGCCUCAAGCCUGGCCUCUGAAGUAAACCCUGCACAGGAACAGCACCCGAGGGACCAGGCACUCUCUUUGCAGACUCAGCAGGCUCUCCUGGAGCAGCAGCAGCCCAAGGCCCUUGAAGACCCAUUCAACAUGCCCUACUCGCCGCUGCCCAAACGCAUGAAGAUUGAGAAUUCUGGAGGACUGACCGUGCUGUCCACUACAUGCUACUCAGAGGAAGACACGCCCACUAAGGAUAGUCUACCCUGCUCGCCGUCCCUCCGAGGCUUCCUGGAAUCCCCUCUACGCUACCUGGACACGCCCACCAAGAACCUCCUGGACACGCCCGCAAAGGACCUGCAGGCAGAGUUCCCCGUCUGUGACUGUGUUGAGCAAAUCCUGGAGAAGGAUGAGGGUCCGUACUACAACCACCUGGGGUCUGGACCCACCGUCGCCUCCAUACGGGAACUGAUGGAGACCAGGUACGGAGAGAAGGGAGAGGCCGUCAGGAUCGAGAAGGUGGUGUACACUGGCCGGGAGGGGAAGAGCUCCAGAGGAUGCCCCAUCGCCAAGUGGGUGGUCCGGCGGGGCAGCGAGACGGAGAAGCUGAUGUGUCUGGUCCGCCACCGCAUGGGCCACCACUGUGCCAACGCCGUCAUCAUCAUCCUCAUCAUGGCCUGGGAGGGCGUGCCCGCCGCGCUGGGCGACAAGCUGUACCGCGAGCUCUCCGAGUCGCUCACGCAGUUCGGCAACCCCACCAGCCGCCGCUGUGGCCUCAAUGACGACCGGACGUGUGCGUGCCAGGGCCGGGACUCCGAGACCUGUGGCGCGUCCUUCUCCUUCGGCUGCUCCUGGAGCAUGUACUUCAACGGCUGCAAGUAUGCCCGCAGCAAGAUCCCCCGGAAGUUCCGUCUGCAAGGCGAGCGCCCCGAAGAGGAAGACAAACUCAGGGAUAACUUCCAGGAGCUGGCGACCGAGGUGGCCCCGCUGUACAAGCAGCUCGCUCCCAAGGCCUUCAGCAAUCAGUGCCUGACCGAGUCCAGUGCUCCCCAGUGUCGGCUGGGUCUGAAGGAAGGCAAGCCAUUCUCCGGAGUCACCGCCUGCAUGGACUUCUGUGCCCACUCUCACAAGGACCAGCACAACCUCUCCAACGGCUGCACAGUGGUGUGCACCCUCACCAAGGAGGCCAACCGGCAGGUGGGCGUGCUCCCCGAGGACGAGCAGCUCCACGUGCUGCCACUCUACCGCAUCUCCACCUGCGACGAGUUCGGCAGCGAGGAGGGCCAGCGGCUCAAGAUGAAGACGGGCGCCCUGCAGGUGCUGCAGGCCUUCCGGCGCGAGGUGCGCAAGCUGCCCGAGCCGGCCAAGUCCUGCCGCCAGCGGCGCCUGGAGGCCAAGAAGGCGGCGUCGGAGAAGAAGAAGGGGAAGCUGCAGGCGGCGGCGGCGGCGGCGGGGGAGACGCCGGAGAAGACGGUGGUCAAGGUGGAGCGCGUGGUGGCCGGCUCGCCGCACCCUCAAGGCAAUAAAACAGCAGUCGUGAAACAAGAGAUGAAGCCCAUCAUUAAGAAGGAGCACUUUAAAGGCUCUAUGGAAGGCUACCCUGCACAGGCAGACCCUUACAACGUCUACCCCCACCCAGCCUUCUAUGCAAGGGGAGGCCUCCCUUCCAACGACCAGCCAUCUCCCAACGGGCCGGUCAAUGGCUACCACCCCAAUCUCACUGCACUGCCAUACGGCUACUACAACUACCCUCAAAACGCACUUUUCCGGCCUCAAAUGAGGACCUACGAGGGGAUCAGAGGCGCUUGGUCCAAGGCGGGUUCCAAGGGUGUCCAGGAGGACAAGAAGCCCGACGUGCAGAGCCUUCAGGCCCAGCUGGCGCAGUCCUGCCCCCAGGGACAUCCUGAGCUGCAGCACCCGGAGGUGACCCACCAACGCAGCGCUUACCCCCAGCAGCAGCAGCAGCAGCAGCAGCAGCAGCCGGAGUGCGACCAGUCCCGUCCGUCCUCCGUCUCCUCCGAGCACUCCAACAGGGGCAACCCGCAAAUCAAACAGGAGCCCAUGGACGUGCCUGUGUAUGAAGGAACGACGCCCGGCCAGUCGGCCCCCAACACACCAAGCACUACUCCGCAGCCUGGUGCCUGGCCUGGCCACAUGCCAGGCAGCACCGCUGGCCCUUUGGGCUGGGACGAGCAUGGGAACCCCAGGCCGGGCCCAGGGACCUCGCCUUUCACCCCAAACAAGCAGCAGUCCUACCAGCAGCCACCGCAGCUUCCAUCUCCUUACGCCCAGCAGUGGACCUCCUUCCCAAACUCAAACACCUCAAUGGCCUCGCCAGCCCCUUCCCCCUCACCCUCACUCAAAAUACCUCCGUCCCCGUCUCCCUCGCCGCAGCCCGGCACCCCCCGCCCUCCCACCCCGCAAGCAGGCAUCGGUCACUCGGGUCUCCCGCAUUCACAUUCAGGCACUUCUCACCCAGGAACCCCCCAACCCGGCACCCCACGUCCAGGCACUCCCGGCUACUGGCCGAGUCCUGCUCCCAGUCCCCAGCCCAACGCCUGGGGCAUGGACCCCGCGGGGUACAACCCCGCUCUGAAGCACGGUAACCCCGCUGGCGCUUACCCCGGCAAGAUGUGGCAUAAAGCCGGGGAGAAUCGCUCCUCUACGCCCCUCGGGCUCCAGGAGAACGCCUGGAAGUCGUGCGGCGGUUCGGCGGCAGGCAGCACCCCUUCCCCCGCCCCGGAGGGACGGCUCUUCCCGGACUCCCUGCAGCAGUCGGAGCAGGCCUUCUGGGACCCCGGCCGGGAGCGAGCGGAGAGCGACGCGGACAGCAUGAAGGGCCACGACGACGACGACGAGGUGUUCUCCGACAGCGAGCACAACUUCCUGGACCCCAACAUCGGCGGGGUGGCGGUGGCGCCGGCCCACGGGUCGGUCCUCAUCGAGUGCGCCCGGCGGGAGCUCCACGCCACCACGCCGCUGAAGAGGCCCGACCGGUCGCACCCCACCCGCAUUUCUCUGGUCUUCUACCAGCACAAGAACCUCAACCAGCCCCACCACGGCCUGGCCAUAUGGGAGGCCAAGAUGAAACUUCUGGCCGAGAAGGCCCUCCAGAGGCAGCAGGAGGCCGCUCUCAUGGGCUACUCCGCGGAGGAGAUCAAGGCCCUGGGGAAGAAGCGCAAGCUGGAGGGUCUUCCCGUGAGGACAGGCCCGGGGCUCGGACUAUCCUUGGACAAGAGGGAGGGGCCCGUGACGAGGCUGGCUCCCACGCUCAACACCACCUCCACUGUCACUGUGUCUCCCUACGCCUUCACCCAGGUCACGGGCCCCUACAGCCGGUUCGUGUGAGGGCGGAGACACCAUGUGAUCCUUCCCAGGUUGGUGGUUCGAAGAGGGGGGGGCGGGGGGGUUUGGGAACAUGGUGUGUUUAUCCCUGACAUCGGUUCCGGUCCAACAAUUCCCCCUCGGCGGACGCCCUUGGGGAGGAUGGACAGUUUUCAGACUUUUUUUUACCUCAUGUCAGGCAGCGGUUUGGGCUUCGUGCCGACGGACACUGCCUGUGGUGCUCAUCCUCUCGUGGUCGUGGGAGGAACUCCAUAGCUUCUCAUCGUCCAUCAAAUUUUUAUGAUCCUAAUUAUUGCUAUUAUUAUCAAUAUUAUGGUUGCUAUUGUUACUGUCAAUGUUGGUAUUACAGGUAUUAUUAUUGUCAUUAUGAAGACUUUCUUUUUUUUUUUGCGUUGUUACUAUGAUGUUGAUGUUGAUGCUGUGUCGAUCGGACGGAAUUGUUUUUUGUAUUUUUUUAUGUUUGAAAAAGCGCCUUCCAAAUUUUUCUCGUUUCGUUUUCUCGUUUGAUUUUAUUUUUGUAUUUCUUUUACCUUCCUCGUGGAGUUGGAGCCGCUCUCUGCACCACAAGACAUUUUAACUUGUGGAUCCGACAAAGAUUCACAUUGUAAACCGCUCUAACACGGAGCUCGCCAUUGACAUCACCGCUAAUGGCAUGAUUGAAUUGAACCUGGAAUCAUGUUUGCUGUCCUGAGCCCUUUUUAGAUAAUUCUACUUCUUGUGGUGCAGAGGUGGUUGUUCCACCUUCUAUAACCACACCUGGUGCUCCUUCUCCUCCCUCUGCAGAGGUCUGUCUAUACGGCCUCGCUGCGUCAGUCUCUCUGUCCCUUGAUGCUGUUCAUGGGUGCUCAUUCAUAAAAACCUCGGCUCUCACGGUCAUUGCGAGUUUGCUCAGAGCAGUGUGUUAUCUCCUGCUGAGAAUGCACCAUGAAUUGAUUUUAAUGCUUCAUUUAUCAGUUGUUUUUUUAUCUGCCAAACACUGAAUAAUUUUCCAAAUAUUGUUUUUAACUUAAUUCUGUUGCGAUUCCCACCUCCCUGUCAAAAGAGCGUGGGUAGAGACGGAUGCAUGGCUCUGAUUUGUAAGGAGUUGAACCAGGUAUAGACACAGACCAUGGUGCACUUAAUACAAACAAAUGCAUUCCCGGCUUCUCAAUGUGAACCAGUAGGAUGGAGGAAUUCAUCUUAUCACCACUAGAGGGCAUUGCGGAACUCCUUUUGAAAUGUGGUGCACACAAGCAGGCAAGCAAUUAUGUGCCAUUGCAUUGCUCUCUAAAGGUGCUUGCACACGGUGUGAAGGGCCAGGCGUUUUCAAAAGCGGCUGCUGCUGCUGCCGCCGAAAGUUUCAACACGGGGAAAGCUGAGCGGUAGGGCAAAAUCUGUGCGCGUUCACGUGGGCGGCAACCACUUCCUGCUUUACAGCACCUUUUGUAACCGCCUCCCCUCUGCCGCCCUUCCCUCAUUGAAAUGAAUGGAGGCGGCGAGUUGCCGCGCGGCGGUCUGAAAGCAGCUUAAGGGUCAGAUCCUUGCCCUACUGUUGGUACCAUCUCUGGCCACUAGGAGGCAGCAUCAUCAUGCAUAUGGUUUUCAGAACCAUCUCUUGGUUUCCUUAGAAAUAUAGAGGCCAAGGUGCUAGAUGAGUCUUUGAGGGUGAACAUCGCUCAUUUAAAUGGCUUUCUCUCUGCAUUGUGGGGCCUCACCCCACUCUGCUUGAGUUGGUGCUGAUCCCAAUAGAUUCAGAAAAUUGGCCACAUGGUGCUUAUCGACAAUCUCUCUUAUACCCACACACACACACACACGCACACACAUUGGUUCUUAAUUGACAGACACACACACACACACACACAUACACAUUCAUAAUCACCCACGGUCAUAGGUGCUCACAUUCUCACCCAUUUACACACAGAGACAUGAACACACGACGCAUACACUGGCUUGUGCACACUGACGUCCUAACACUUGACCUUCUCUAAAGGGCCCGGUCUUCUCUGCACGGUGCUGUCAUCUUGAAGCAGACUGACGCGUGUCCUCUCUGAUGGCAAAUGGUUUGAGGCAAUUUACCAACUCCCAGAGAGCCCUAGAAAUCAAAAUGCCCUCUGUCUGCCGUCCAGCAUUUUGUGGCGGUCCAGGGUGCUUAGAGGAACCGUUUAGGUCAUCAGUGGUAGGUCAUCACCGUUGGGGGGUUAGGCGGAGGCGUCUUUUGCACACUGAGUGGACUGCCGUCGGGUCGCCUGGGAUCAUCGAGCCAACUCAUCAACGCAACCAUAACGUUCACACUUUGCACUGUAGAACCAUCAGCACACUGGGAGGCUGAAGAGUGUUGUCUGUUGUGUGUGUGUCUGUGUGUGUGUAUGUGUGUGUGUGUGUGUGUGUGUGUGUGUGUUUGGGAGGGGUGGGGGGAUGCCUUCAUCUCGGUGGGAAGAUGCAUCGCAAAAAGGAUCUUCCAUUUGCGGACCCUUGCGGCUAUUGGGUUCUUGGUGUUAGUAGUGGACAGGUCACAUAUCAGGGGACAACUGCUCUGAGAGAAGACCCCCCUCCCCCAGUGGCUCCUGGAUGGACACGAGAUAAUCGCCUCAAUGCUGGUCCAGAUCCUGGUGCUAAUUCAGUGCAGUCUAGAGCUCUCUGCCCAGCGCAGGACACACUGGUCCAUCACAGGGGCCUUGUUGGGGCCCAGUGAGACACACACACACCCGGUCCCCACACAACACCGUUGUGGGGACCCUGAGACACACACACACCCGGUCCCCACACAACACCGUUGUGGGGACUCGUGGUGGAUCGGUGGAGCUCACUUGCUGUUGUUAGGACCAUAAACCGCAAUGACGUACAGGUCGCUGAUGAGGUCAGAGGAACCCUGAAUCCACCCCCUUGUUUUCCUUCAACAAUCCGUCCCCAUUUUAGUUUUGUUUCUUUAACUUUUUUUUUUUACAAUCUGUUAUUUAUUAUACAAUGAUGCUAAUGAUGAUUGUCAAUAUUUUGAGGUUUCAUUUGUGUUUCAUUUGAUAUAGCGAAUACAAAUUGUACAUACAUGAGAAAAGAUUUUAUAAAAGCACUUUUAACCUUGAUUUUAAAUGAGAAAAAGAAAGAGCCAACUAUUGACAACUUGAAGCUUAGUUUUUGGUAUGUUGUUGUUGAUUUGUUCUUUUUUUGUUUUGAUUUGAUUUUUGUUCAUUGAAAUUUUCUCAAGAGAGAUAAAAAUGUAAAUAUUUAAAUAUUUAGGUAAAAUUAUUUAACUGUUAAAGAAUAAUGACUCAAAUGGAGAAGGUCGUGGUGGGAGUUGAUUGAGGUUUUUUAUUUGUCUUUUGUAAUAUUCUGAGUGACAGCAACACUAGUUCACUAGCUGUUCUGUGUAAAUGUGUAAUUAUAAAAAAAUGCUGUUUUACUUUUUUUUUUAAGUACUGUACCUCCAGUAGUCUGCCUCAUACAAACGAUCCACCCUUGAUCUUUGACCCCUCCCCCACUGACCACAUCUCGCCACAUGGUGCUGCAUACUAUUUGCCCGACUUAUGACUUGAACAGUCAUUGGAAUACAGAAACACGGCACGCAAUGUCAUCUUCAGUCCAAGCAGCGCAAAGACCACUUCAAAACGACAUACAAUCCAUCUUCCUUUAACUAUAGCCAGCCAAUCAGGAAUCAAACCAGGAAACUGGUUUUGGUGUGGGGUUGUACAUCGUGAGGGUUUGCACUUGUUAUCCCGGACCAAGCUAUUGGAUCACGUCUUUGGCGGCAUCUCAUUCACGCUCUUCCGGAAUCUUCCAAGUAGUAGUUGGUAGGAGGCGUCCGGGGAAUGGUACUUGGACACGGCUAGGAGAGAGGCCUGUUCUAUGUCACAUGUGUUAGACUAUCAGGUGCGUGGUGACUUCCCCAGUUGUUUGAAUGUUUUUAUUACUGUAUAAUUAUAAUUGAUAUUAUAAUCAAGAAAAUCUCUAGUAAGGUCGUACUCAAAAAGCUGAGAUCCGCAGGCAUUUAGAUUUUUACUGAUCAUUCCUUGUUUGACGCAAGACAUCUAUCAGCUAAUCAAGCUUAGGUUAUACUGGACUAGGUCUUUCAGUCGCCCCUAUCCCCUCCCUCGCCCAUGUAUUUUGUCCCAUACAACUGCAUGACCUAGUUUCCACACUAUGUAUUUCUGGGUUGCGGUUCAUGUUUGUGAUCGGCGGUAGGAAGUGAGUGCUCGAAUGCUACACAUCGUUUUUCCAAUGUUUGUGUACAUUUCUAUAUAGUCUGUGGAACUGGGUGAGCAGGUGCUAUUCACGCUACACCUGGAGUUCACAGUGGAACAAAUGCAUAAGAGAAACAGAUUUGACUAUCUGCGGACGAUAUUGGUAAAGAGUUUGAGUUUGACUCAAAAGCACUUUUUAAGAACUACUGCAAAACGCCCUGGUGCUGUACUUUACUCUGAUGUCUUUCUCCCACGCUGUCCUGAGGGGUCCAGACCGGUUUCACGGCAUCACGCGGCGGAGUUGUGGGGCUCUAGAUGUCCUAUCCUCGAUAAGUCCUCGAUAAGACCUCGCUCCGAGCGAUACUUUUAACACCCUCAGCGUUUCUUUCUGAUCUUUUCACUGCAACAAUGCUAGGAAAUUCUAUCAAACGAUAAAUAUAAUUAUAGAGAGAUUUUAAGGCUCUGUACUUGGUACAGAACCUUUUGUACUUGGUUCUGCAGCAGUACUGGAGGCUGGUGACAUUUUUCUCUGUGUGUGUGUGUGUGUGUGUGUGUGUGUGUGUGUGUUUUCCAUAUCCCUCCUGCGUGCGUGCGCGCGUGCGUGUGUGUGUGUGAGAGUGAUGAUAGCACUGUUAGUUUUCCAUAUCUCUCCUGAGUCACUCACUUCCUUUUUAGUUGAUCAACACUUCAAUUUUAUCUCAGUCACACACGCACACACACACACACACACACACACACACA